AUGGCCGCUGCAUCAAGCUCCCCGCCGUUCCCCUCCUCGUCCCCGCGCCGCUCGUCGGAAGAACCGGCAGGCCACCGGAGCACCACCACCAGUGACCUCAACCACGAGGGCGUCGCCCUCAUCCACCCCUCGCCGAGCCUCCGAGCAGCAGCCGCCUCCCCGUGCGCGUCUCCUGCUUCUUCGCCCUCCAGCCGCGCCCGAGGCAAUCGCCUCCUCUGCUCCGAGCGCCUCGGCCAUCUCCUUCCUCGGGCCCCUGCACGGAUCCAGCCGGCCCGCUCGAUCCGGAUAGGACCGAGGCAGCAGCCUCCAUCCUCGAGCGCGAGAGGAGCUCGCCCGAGGCUUCUCUGCUGCAGCAAGGAGCCGCCGCCGCAGAGUUCGCCUGCCGCGGCCGCUGCUUCCCCUGCUUCGAGCAGCAGGUCGGGAUCGAGCGCGCCCGCGUUGACCUCCGCAUCCGGCCACGCCGCCGGCAAGCCCUGCCUCCGUCGCCUCGCCAAGUUCCGCUGCCGGUGCCUCCUGCAUCGCGCCGCCCCUCCCCAAGCCCUCAUCUCCGGGCUCCCCUGCAAGUUCUGCUGCCGCCUGCUUCCUCUCGUGCGAGACUGA